AUGGAGGCGGCUGAAGUGAAAGCUGAUAUCAAGAAGUCUCCCGCCGGGGAUGAGAAAUACAAUUGCUAUUGUGGGAAGGAAAGGAAUCUUAACAUCGUAGAGCUUCUUUGCGCUACUUGCAAUCGAUGGUUUCACGAAUCUUGCAUCGGAUUUCAGCUUGGUCGCCUGGUUCCUUUCAUGAUGAAUUAUGUUUUCGUAUGCAAAAACUGUUCCAUGACAGGUUUGGAAAGUUUUCGCAAAGUGCAAGCAUCAAUACCGCAAAUGUGUAUUACGGCUUUAGCAAACUUGCAACAAACCGCAAACAAGGAAGGUAAAACACGAUUGAUGUUCAGCAAAGACAAGGAUAUCAUUCCUUAUAUGGAUCACUACUGGGAAGCAAUGACGACCAUGGCCCGACGAUCAACUCAAUCAUGGUACGCCACCGUACAAAGAUCUCUCAUAAAAGACAUCAACACGUUGUUUUCGUACGAAGAAAGUAAUGAACACGGUCAAAUGUAUGGCCUAGCGAAUACGGAUGUAACUCAAAUUAAACCUACGUACGACGAAGCUACUGCAUUAGCUACACAGAAUUUUUCUAAAAGCAGGCAGCAGAAGCGGAAGCUCCCCAAUAACGAACAGAGUGGCGCGCCAGGAAAGAAGAGUCGCCUUGGUACUGAUGUUAGUGCUCUCGUGAAGCUGCCGGCUCAUGGUUAUCCCCUGGAGCACCCCUUCAACAAGGAUGGCUACCGGUACAUACUGGCUGAGCCAGAUCCUCAUGCACCGUUCCGGCAAGAGUUUGAUGAAAGUGCAGAUUGGGCCGGCAAGCCGAUUCCUGGAUGGUUAUACCGUGUGCUUUCACCAAAUGCCGUUCUAAUAGCUCUGCAUGAUCGUGCUCCUCAAUUGAAAGUGUCGGAGGACCGGUUAUCGAUUACAGGCGAGAAAGGUUAUUGCAUGGCUCGGGCUUCUCAUUAUGUUACAAAAGGAUGCUGGUACUGGGAAGCUACAGUAGAGGAUAUGCCCGACGGUUCUGCCUGCCGUUUGGGAUGGGGCCAGGAAUAUGCAAAUCUACAAGCACCUCUGGGGUAUGAUAAGUUUGGAUAUUCAUGGCGCUCUCGUAAGGGUACAAAAUUCCACGAGUCACAUGGAAAGCACUAUAGUGUUGGAUACGCAGAAGGUGAUACGUUAGGUUUUCUUAUAACGUUACCUAAUGAACAACAAACCAAUCAUACUUCGAACACAUUCAAAGAUCGACCCUUGGUGAAAUUUAAGAGCCACCUUUACUACGAGGACAAGGAUCGUGUUAAUGAAACGUUGAAAUCGUUGAAGGUGCAGCCGGGAAGUAAGAUUCAUUUUUUCAAAAACGGCAUCUGCCAGGGAGAAGCGUUCACAGACAUGUUCAAAGGCGCGUAUUAUCCGGCAAUAUCGUUACACAAAAACGUUACAAUCAGCGUGAACUUUGGACCCAAUUUUAAGCAUCCGGAAGCGAUGAAAGAAUACAAUGCAAAACCAAUGCACGAGCGAGUAGAAGAAAUGAUAUGUGAGCAGACGAUGGCCGAUAUGAUGUAUUUUACGGAGAACGAUGGAAAACUUCGCCUUGAUACAUACAGCAUUUGAACGGUUACAAAAAUCAUCGUCAGGAAUCACAAUAAAUGUUGA